GUUAUUUCAUCAAAAUAAUAUGUAUUCAGAGUUAAUUUAUCACAAUGUUCCAACUCCGCCGGCAACGAACAUACCGCUGGCGGUUGCAGCACCAGACGGCGGCUUCCUGUAUGCCGGCGUACGCAGCAUAAACUACAUAUCAGCAGAGCCGGCAGAUGCUGCAGAGAAGUCGCAAGUUAAAAUCAUGUCCACGCGCUUCAACAUCAUUGCACUCGAUGUCAGUCCCAUGUGGGGUAAGGGGAGACAGCCAUUUGCCAUAGUUGGCGACGAUCUGAGUGUGCAAGUGUGGGACUGCAUGGUGGGCGGGGCUGUCAGCGGCCACAAGGCGCAUCAACAUCAGCACGAAGCCCGCAAUUUCAGAGGAAGCCGUCCCUUUGAAACUGCCGUUCUAAUGAGCUACAUGAGCAACGGCAAUAUACUUUCGAUAGAUGCCAGUGAUUUGGUCAUCUACUGUGUGGCCUCCAACACCUUUUGCCGUCGUCCCACAUUCAUUCCGUCGCGCAAUCACCACCCCGAAGUCCUGCGCUGCUCUCCCUACAACGACAACGUAUUUGCUUUGGGCACGACGUUGGGAGCUGUGUUAGUUUGCGAUUUGCUCAAGAUGAGUAUCGUUUAUAAAUUCAAUGGCCAUAAGAACUGUAUCAAUGGAUUGGCAUGGCGGCAGGUAUCUCUCCCCUUCGAAGAGGAAAAGUUGAAUCUCGAUACGUUGUCCUCGCGAGCUGAGCAGUGGCGCAGUCGCAAAGAAGAUGAGGCAGCCGAAGCCUCUUCCAAACCAAAACCCAAACCCCCUCCGCUGGUCAAGUCCAAGCCAGCCGAAUCCGAUGAUCCGUUUGACAUUUACAACUUUGAUCAUCUGGAAUGCGAGUUCGGCGCGCCAGUAGACGCCCACCGCAAGUCAUCCGACGAUUGCGGUGACGACUUUGUUGGCCUGGAGAAGCCCGCAGGGGCCGCUGCCCUCGAUUUUGUGGAGGCCUGUGAGAGCAUUAAAGCGGAUAUAAUGGCCAAUCGCUCGGAGGCGGUUGGCGGUGUGGAGGUCACUUUAGACGACUGCCAGCCCACAAAACCAACUGGUCCCCUCAGCGAUGCCAGCAACAUAAGCAACAAUGACAGCGCAACAAGCAACAAUCAGAAUGCCGCCCUGCCCAGCGAUUCCACUGAAGGCAGUCUGGAGGUUAUCCAAUACAGCUCCUCCAGCGACGAUGCCGUGAUCGUCGAUGGCGAUGCAGCCAAGCCGAAACGAGAGGUGCUGCAUCACAUCUAUCACCGGGCCGAAGUGCACGCUCCCGAGACAUCUCAAAUUCAAAUGAAUCCCGAGCCUGAUUUAAAAACCGCAUUGGUUGAGGAGAGCAGUACCGAGUCGAUUAUUUCGAGUUCCAUAAACUCUUCCAUUCGCCCAGACAUUCUCCUGGUCUCCGUUGAUGCCGAAGAGGUGGUGAUGAUCUGGAAUACGAACACGGGCGCACAUGCCGGCAAGAACUACAGCAGUGGCAAGUCAACAGAUCAGUAUUGCAGUGUCAUGUGGCUAAAUGACCGCACCAUUGUCUCCCUGGGUCGGCAUCAGUUGUCCUUCUGGUCACUGGUGUACGAUCGAAAAAUGCUUCGCUACAAGAUCAACAAGGACAAGGAGCACAAGUGUGGCACAAAGGACAUAUUAUCUUUUGCCACUAAAUGCAGCAAACAGCAGCUAUGGGUGUGCAGAAACAAUCGCACGACCGGACUGAUGGAUCCCCUCACUGGCCACAUAAUCACCAACUACAGCUCAUUGGUCUUUGGAGUGCGGGCCAUGGUCGAGUGUCCGGAUGAUAUGAACAAAAUCGCUCUGGGAUGUUCGGACCGUCGCGUGGCCUUCUUUGAUCUGUCUAAACUGGCCACGAACGGCACGGCCAUCACUACUAGCCAUAUUGGUAGCAACGUCUACUCCCUGGCUUGGAGUCCCGACUGCUUGCAACUCGCCUGCGGCACCUACGAGGGAUCUGUGGCGAUUCUCGACGUGGAGACCAUGAAAGUGAAAAGAACCAUUCAAGGGCCCCAAAAGAAAGAAGUCUACAGUUUGGUGUGGCAGGAAAACUACAUCUACUUUGUUGUGAACCGCAAGCUUUGCUUCGUUGAUAUAAGCCGGCCCAAAACAGAAGUUAUUGUUCUCAACCUAAUGGAACGCACGUGCUUCCUGAGCAUUCGUGGAUCCUUCCUCUUUUUGGGCUCCGAGGACGGCGUACUGCAGUUGCACGAACAUAAGCCCGACCAGAUUUCCAGAUGGGGCCCUGUUCUGCGCCAGUCAGCACUGCUGUCUCGGUACAUUACGGACAUUACCUGGAAUCCGUUGGAGAGCAAUGUCUUUGCUGUUGUGGGCCACGACAAGUAUGUCAUAAUAUUGGAAUUUCUGGAGGCAGAUCGCAACUGGAGGACGCUCCAUACAUUCACGGCCAGCGACCCGAAGGGAUCGAUCACCUCGCUGAAGUGGAGCAAUUAUCAGAAGAACCUGUUGCUCACUUUCCACAUCGAGGGAAAGGUGUGCAUGUGGGACACUCAUGAUCCGAAGAAGCCGCCUCUGACCAUAACCUACCACUGCCCCAUGUGGUGCGGCAUGUUCUUGCCCUCCGAUGAGAACAUCGUGAUGUGCUCUGGCAAGUCGAUUUCCUUGGAACUUAUCAAUAUUAAAGACGCAUUGGCUGGAGACGAGAGAAACAUUUGCUCCAAAGUUGAUGGACUGCUCAAUGUCAAGUGGGCCACCAAAUCCCUGGUGCAGCCGUAUGCACCUCCCACCAGAGCAGAGGUUAAAAAAAUUCAGCGCAAAGAUCGACGUAUGAGGAGGGUCCAUGGAGAGCCACGUGAAGUGCGGGAAGUGAUCCCAAAUGACCCCAAUGACCGAAAAGUACAGGAGAUGUUCGACGCUAUGACCCUCGACCAGAAACCAGAGCCUAGCCAGAGCACAAACGAGUGCCGCAAGUGCAAGGAAAAUGAGUCUGCUAGCCAGGCUCCAGAGAGUGUCCCUACCAUUACCCGCACCUGCCUCUACCUCGCCCAAAAGGAUCUCAACAAGAAUGCCCUGGGAAAGCUGGCGAUUGUGCUGACCGAAGAUGCGGAAAAGAUUGACAAAUCCGUGCUCCUGUCUAAGCUGUUUGGCACCAAGGCGAUGGCCAAGGAGCUAAUUGAAAUGGAGUUGACCAAUUUAAAGCACUCCAAUUCGAAGGAUAUUGCUCCGCUUUGCCUGACUAUAUCCACAUUUAAGCUGCGCAAGGAGUUAGAGGAGCACAUCGCCAACCAGACACUUACGGAAGGUCACCUGGCUGUGGCCCCCUCCGUGUCCUAUGUGUUUUGGCGAGACUGUUGCGAAGCCUAUGCCAAGCAGAUGGAGGGGAAGGGCUACAUCAUGCAUGCGGCCACGUAUCGCUUUAGCUUGGGCCAGCAUAGGGAGGCCAUCGAUCUGCUCCUGGCCAACGAAUAUUUUAAGGAGGCCUUGGUCCAUGCCCGCAUCAGCUUGCCGGCCACGGACCCCAAGAUAAAAACCAUCAUCAAUCAGUGGCUGGAGAGGCUGGAGAAGACGGGAAACUUUGGAGCGGCUGCUCUGAUAUGCGUGCUGGACAACGAGAUGAUGCGUGGGUACAUGUAUCUGCGCAAGUUCCACAAUUGCACGCCCGAGAUAGCCGAUCUAAUGGCCCAAAUCAAGCGCCUUGGCCAGCUGGGCGAAGUGUUAGAUGGCUGCGCUCCCGGUGAACCACCAGCCCUGAAUGGAGAAGCUAGCGACCAUGUUGCCUAAUUGAUAUUAAGUUAUUUUCAAACAUAGAAAAGGCUGUACACUUUUAUGCAUUUCAUAGUUUAUCCCAAGGCAGAAACAAGAGCUGCGCCGUAACUGAAAUAUUUGAUUUAAUCAACAUGAAAUGCACUAUACAAUAGAUAGAGAAAACAUGAAAAUUGAUUUUUGAAUAAAUGAAAAUGAGAAACAUUAA